GGCCAGCACUCACGAUCACGCACACAUCGCAAGGGAGGAAAACAUAGGAGCAGACUCUUCAUUGGCGACUGUGUCCGUACAAAUGCAUGGAUGGGAUAAGUGGCUGGCUGCAUGAAUGGACUAAGUCCUUCCCUCGUCAAAACUGCCGCAGACUACAACCACGUGUGCAUUGACGUGUCUGCCUGUCCAUCCAUCCGUCCAUAUGUGUGAAUGGUCUACAUGAAAGCCUGUACAACCAUUUGGCCAUGAAAUGUGUGAGCGUGUACAAUGAAAAAGAGCGAAGAAGCCAAACGUAUAAUGAAACGCACGAAGGCAGCAGACAGUUCACGGCAGUGUUUAAUGCCUCAUGUGAGAGAGUGAGAGAGAGCGGGAGAGACGCGUAAGCAGGAAGGCAGGCAGGCUCUCUAGGUACUCAGUACAUAAAAACACUCGCAUCGCAUUUAAUGGCUUACAAAAGCAUUCCAUCUGGCUGGGCAAGAUCAAUACCGAUUAUAGAUAGCCUCGUAUUCACGCUCCUCAAUCCCUAGUAGCUCAUGACAGGGACAGACACACACACAAAUUGCACUCACAGGUACGUACGAAGGUAGGAAGGCAGAGGCAGCACUCUUCAGCUGUCCCUCAUGCGCUAUCCCUUUGAAAUGCCAAAAGGAGGCCUUGCAAUGGGCCACAUUAGAUCGUGAACACUGGAAAAAUGUAAAGCGGAGGCGCUAUUUACCGCCUCCUGUCUGGCCCUGCGAAUCGUGUCACAGCCGCCCGUGUGUCAUCGCCGAGGACGAAUGAUCCCUCCAGCUUAACAACGUCGUCAGCCGCCUCAAACAGACUGAACCCUGGGCCAUUCGUCUGCCGAUAUAUUUGUACACAUCGAGAGCAUCACAUAAGCAAGCACCAUAGACAGAUGCAAAGAGCGCUGUAUGUAUGUAUGUAUGCAUGCAAUCUUCGUCGACCGACUCGCCUACCAGUAUUGUUGCCACUGCGUCCACAGUGCCCGCCCGCAACUCGUCGACGAGUUCAGUGAUGGGAAUCUCGACGAGUGUCACCUCCAGGCCCAGCUCCUGUGUGACCGCGACGAAGUCGUCGAUAAAGAAACACCCGGGGCAGACGCCAACACUCUUGCUGCAGCCACAACAAAUCCAGCCAAGCGUUACUUACAUAUACAAUGCGCCCUCACUCUCCCCACCCGUCUAGAGAAGAGGGGUCCUCCGUCACGUCAACUGUCGCCAAUUCAGAGUCUUCCUCGACCCACACACCGACCUCGUUAACGAAGCUGCACACACAUACACGGACCGACUUAUUCAGUGAGCUGACCGACUCAUUCAAAGAGCGUGUAUACUUGACGAUGGCGCAGCUCGUAUAAUCUACCGACUGCGAACGUUCCUCAGUAACCUGAUGAGAGAACAAGGCGACGAGCAUCAAAGUCGUACGCUUCCACCCACUCUGACGUACAGAGAAGAAGGUAAUGGCAUCAACAGUCUCGUCAUUCAAAGCCUCUCUAAACUGGAGGAAGAAAUCUUCUGUGUUGUCAAUAAUCGUGUAAUUGGCCUUGAUGUCUACGCCAUACUCCUAACGGCAAAACAAGCGAGGACCAGAGAUGAGGCAACUUGGCCGAUAUACUUAAAGCGUCGUAUGCUGCAUGUACCCUUGAUAGCUCGGGCAGAAUCAGCUCAUUGACGGCAACAUAGUAAGCACCUACACUCCCCGGCUCGGUGGGAUCGCUAAUGAUUGACAGGCCAAUCUCGAGAAUGCCUUCGUCCAGCACCUGCAAGACGCGGAGCCCUCGCAUUGACUGACUGGUCCCGUUCUCCUGCCUACCUUCUCAAAGGUUCCCUCGGCGUCUUCUUUGGCAGGGUAGGAAGCUUCGCAGUCGGGGAAAUCAAAGGAGGCCAAAGGGAAGGUAGCAUUCAACACGGACAAAUGCUCAUCCGACUCGCGGACCUGAAGCAGACAAUGAAACAUUUGCAAUUGUUUCGGUUAUGGAUGUGGACCACCUACGUUCUUAAUGGCAGUGCUGAGGGCUGCGUUAAGCUGGACGUCUCCAUCGUCACCCGUCACGUAGGGGUUUGCUGGCUCCUUGAUCCUCAGGAACUCCAGCAGGUCAUCGAGGAGCUCCUCUAGGUCUGCCUUGCUGACCUCCAGCUGCUUCUCACCCAGCUCCUCGGGGGCGGCCGCCGCCAACCACAACGAAAGAAGGAGGCCGCCGAGGAGAGAGAAUACCGAGGGAACCGAGGGGCGUGACAUAAGGUUCCUGUUUGGAGUAGUUUCGGGGCCGCCCGUGUGCGAAG